AUGGCUCACUACGCCCAGCGCCACGUCCGUCCGAAACUUAGCGAACUGGUUCCAGCCCUUGUAAAAUGCGCCAAAGGUGGGCAGUCGGACAAUGAAACCGCCCUAGCUCUCAAAGCUCUGAGCCUGUUGAUCAUCACCGAACCCUCCGACUCCAUCUACGACGCCAUGAUCCGUCCUCUCAAGGGUAUAAUUUCCUCUUCGGAGUCAUCUUCGGUCAUGGUCGCCGCUAUCCACACACUCGGCAUAGCUACGUUCUACGGUGGAGUUGGUCUGGACGAAACACAAGAAAUCAUGGACUUUUACCUUGAGAUCAUCGAGUCCGAUGGUCACUCUGUCGAAGCAGGCGACGAUGGAAACGUCGUGGCCGCUGCCUUGCAGGAGUGGGGAUUCCUUGCUACACAGUUCGAGGGCAUGGAAGACACGAGCGAAGAGCCUAUGGAAGCCUUUGUCGAGCAGCUAGAGUCUAGCGAUGCUAGUGUUGUAAUUGCUGCUGGUGAGAAUAUUGCUCUUCUUUUCGAAAAGAGCUGGUCGGAAUUGGAAGAAGAUGAGGAACCUGAACACCAAGACGACGAAGACGACGAGGAAGAGGCAGACCCGACUGCGAAGGGCAUGAUCAAACGCUAUACAGUAUGGCGCCAGGAGCAUCAACUCAAGCAUACACUCAGCGCUCUUGCUCAAGCACAUGGAAAACGCAUAUCAAGAAAAGACAAGAAGGAACUGCAUUCCAGCUUCGCCGAUAUUCUCAACACCGUCGAGCAUCCAACAAGAGGCCCUCGCUACAGCAAUGCUAUCGACCAGUAUACGAACAAAGCAUAUGGCUCGCGAAUGGUGGUCCACAUCGGCAAGAACUCCAUGAGCAUUGACAAAUGGUGGAAGCUUCAUCGUCUGCAGUCGUUACGCCGCGCGCUCCAAGGUGGCUUCAUCGUUCACUACGAGGACAAUCAAGUCGUGUUCGAUUCUCUGCCCGUAAUUCUGGAUUAG